AUGCCCAGCGGGACACCGGCUCAUCAUCCUCAUGCUCCUCCGAAACCCACCGUGGCAGGGCGGCCGCAUGAACAUAAGAAGGCGCCCCCACAGGUGGCACCUAUAACCAAUGUUAUGCCAGGGGACAAUCCGUACGUCACGUGGGACCAAUUCCGCUCCGCUAUGAGUGUGAUAAGAAGUGUUAUAGGCGGAACCGGGGCAUUGGACGCAACGUUUCCCAUACUUCGUGAAGACGGCAGCAAUGUGCAGGCCGUUUUGCUGGGCGUCGAACGACGGUACAUCCAGAUGGGAAUGGAGCCCCGCGACUGGGGGAGCGCACUUAUUGACCAUCUUGUGGGCUUCGCUCUAACGUAUUGA